GUCGCCGGCCGCCUCGGGAUGUGUGGGAACGUGUGCGGCGGCUCCCGGGGCCCUCGGCAGUCCGGCGCAGCGUGGCGGCGGCCAGCGGGCCCGGCAUCCCGGGGUCCGACCACUACUGCCUGGAGCUGCUGAGGGGACCCCUGUGAAAGGGUCGUUCAGCCCCAAGGAGUCGUGACCUGCAGCUUGAGAACCACUGUCUAAGCGUUACUAAAAUAACUAAACCACCCUGGAUUUCAUUAGGGAAGUAAAUCCAAAAGUGCAUUUGCUCCCGUGUUUGGCAGGUGUUUUGGGUUUCCCGCUCUCCUCCCUUCUCCCAAGUGUGAGGUCGUAGGCUUCGGUGGUCACAGUGUCACGUCUGUUUGCUGGGUUUUCUUUAUGGUGCUGGAGACUGAACUCAGGCCUGGGGAUGCAAGGCAAGCUCCGUCCCACGGAGCUGCACACUAGCCAUUAGAUUUCUAGACAGCUUCUUGCUGUUUCGAAAGCUGGCCUUGAAAUCGUGGACGUAAGAGUUUCUUGCUGAGCCCCUGGGUAUAUACCAUACCCAGACUAUCAUUCUCUGGAUACUCAAGUUUCUGCAGGCUCUUGUCAAGCAUAUUUCUGGUGUUCUUUUGACAAGAAGCGGGAUUAUGAAAGUUACUUGUGUUCCCUGCUGGUGCCCACAGAAUGCCGAAGCUCUGUUUCUGCACUGAGGGCCUUCAAUGUGGAACUGGCUCAGGCUGGUGAAGGACUCAGUCUCGGAGAAAACGAUUGGACUGAUGCGAAUGCAGUUCUGGAAAAAAGCUGUGGAAGACAUGUACCGUGACAACCCACCACAUCAGCCUGUGGCCGUUGAACUCUGGAAGGCUGUCAAGAGACAUAAUCUAACAAAAAGAUGGCUUAUGAGAAUCAUUGAUGAAAGAGAAAGAAAUCUGGAUGACAAAGCCUAUCGCAGCGUCCGGGAGCUUGAGGACUACGCCGAGGGCACGCAGAGCUGUCUGCUGUACUUGACACUGGAGGUGCUGGGUGUGAAGGAUCUUCAUGCAGACCAUGCUGCGAGCCACAUUGGAAAGGCACAAGGCAUUGUCACGUGCUUGAGAGCAGCACCCUAUCAUGGUAGCAGGAGAAAAGUGUUCCUGCCCAUGGAUGUCUGUGUGCAGCAUGGUGUUUCACAAGAGGACUUUCUGCGGAGGAAACAAGAUAAAAAUGUGCGAGAUGUAAUAUAUAACAUUGCCAGCCAGGCACACUUGCACCUAAAGCAUGCGAGGUCCUUGCACAGAAGCGUUCCUGCGAAAGCAUUUCCUGCUUUUCUUCAGACGGUUACUCUAGAGGACUAUUUAAAGAAGAUCCAGCGAGUGGAUUUUGAUAUAUUCCAUCCAUCUUUACAGAAGAAGAAUACAUUACUUCCGUUAUCUUUGUAUAUUCAAUCAUGGAGAAAAAGAUACUAAAAUAGUUACUGACUUA